UACACUUUUACUGUAAUAAAACCAUGGUUAAAUUUUCAUGGUUAAAGUGUUUACCUGAACUAGGUUAUCUAGACAUUUAAUAGAAAAUAUAACAAACGCAUUAGGUAUGGCUUUACACGUGCACAGUGGGCUUUGUGGAGUGACACUUUUGUGCGCGGGCGCAGCAGCUGCCAUUCGAAGUACGAGCGCGUGCACAACACGCGCGGUUGGAAGUCGACUGCUCUCCCGAGAAGAGGAGAGGAGAGGAGAAAAGAGGAGAGCUACGUAAAAAGGCUUUUGGAAUUAUACAGGGGAAGCGCAUGGAGCCUCUAAUUCUGCAAAACUUGAGCUUUAUGGAGGAACCUGGAGGACCUCUGACCAACUGGAGCGGAGGCAGCGAGCCGAAGGCGGUGAGAGGCAGCGCUGCGGUCGCUAUCGCUGUGUGCAUCACCGCGCUGUACUCCGUCAUCUGCGUGGUGGGACUGUUUGGAAAUAUUCUGGUUAUGUACGGUGUGGUCAGGUACACAAAAAUGAAGACAGCUACCAACAUUUACAUCUUUAACCUUGCUUUGGCCGAUGCAUUAGCCACCAGUACUCUACCCUUCCAGUGUGCCAAAUACCUCAUGAGCACCUGGCCAUUCGGGGAGCUCUUGUGUAAAUUAGUCAUUGCCAUUGACUACUACAACAUGUUUACCAGUAUUUUCACUCUGACAAUGAUGAGUGUGGACCGUUACAUUGCCGUGUGCCAUCCAGUGAGAGCCCUAGACUUCCGCACUCCCAUCAAAGCAAAGAUCAUCAACAUAUGCAUAUGGAUUCUCUCCUCAGCUGUUGGCUUCCCAGUCAUGGUUAUGGCAGUUACUAGAGUGACAGACACAGGUAAAACAGUCUGCAUGUUGAAGUUCCCAGACCCCGACUGGUACUGGGACACUGUGACCAAGAUCUGUGUUUUCAUUUUUGCCUUUGUGGUUCCUGUUUUCAUCAUCACUAUCUGUUACGGCCUGAUGAUCCUUCGCCUCAAGAGUGUGCGCUUGCUGUCCGGCUCCAAAGAGAAAGACAGGAACCUUCGGCGCAUCACCCGCAUGGUGUUGGUGGUGGUGGCAGCCUUCAUCAUCUGCUGGACCCCCAUCCAUAUCUUCAUCAUCAUCAAAACCAUGGUGGAGAUCGACCAGAAGAAUCUGCUUGUGGUCGCUUGCUGGCAUCUGUGUAUUGCUCUGGGCUACAUGAACAGCAGCCUCAACCCAGUCCUGUAUGCAUUUCUGGAUGAAAACUUCAAGAGGUGCUUCAGAGAAUUCUGCUUGCCCUUUCGCUCCCGCAUGGAGCAGAUCAGCUUUUCCAGAGCUCGUAAUGUCACGAGAGAGCCCAUCUCGGUGUGCGCCAGGUCUGAGUCGAUGAAACCACCCACAUGACUAGACCUGGAACAGAUGCCUUCUGAUACACAAGCAAGGACACAGAGAGUCACCGUGAUCUCCACCACUGAGUUUUAAGCUCCUUUGAGGUAAAUACAACUUGACAACAAGCCAAUAUACUGAAAGUAAAAUGCAUGUUGUGGGGUUCAUUAGUCAUAUUUUUCUACCUUUCUUAAUUUCACUGUGUGGGAAAGCGAAGGAUGGCUCUAAAAUGAUUUGAUGAAAUGUUUCCUAAGUGUGGAAACGAGAUCAUUCGGACCAUCAAGAUCGUAAUCAUGUUUUGGGAAAGACAUCAAAUAUGUGGUCUUGAAUGGUCAACGGGAAAUGUACAUUCAUUAGUGGUAUAUGAGCCAUCAAAGUAGAUUCCCAUAAUCAGAUUUUUAAAUGAAAGUGAAUGCAUUUUUCCUGGGAAUUUGUAACUGAAAUGCAAGUGUCCAAACAAUGUACUAAAUACACAAAUUCAUUUUCACAAGAUUCAAGACUCUUAGAUUCACUCAAUCUUGUUUCACUGAACAAUAAAACUGUACAGAGGUCUUUUUCCACUCUAUAAAACAGGAUUUCUUUAAACCUGGGGAUAAAGCUAUAUGGAGAAAGACAGAGAUGGACCAAAAUUUCAUCUGAAGGUUUGCAGGAUAGAUUUGCGCAGAUGACAAGGUUACUUUCCUCAGGAAGGCUGUUAAAACACACUGUUACGUAAACUCUCAACACAUUAUUCAUUUCAUGGUGCUUGUUAAGGUGUAAUUUUGUAAUGUGUGCUGCUAGUGAAGGUGUUUGAUGACCUUUGCUUUGACUAUACGUAUACAGUGUUCAUACAAUAUGUGUAGAUGUCCUCUGAGAUUAUCAAAGAUGGGCUUUUCGAUAUUUGAAUCUUAGUACUGAAGUAUUUAGUGCAACCAAUCUUGUAUUUCACUGCCAUUUGCUCAGAAUGGCUGUUUUUUGAUCUUCUUCAAAUUCCAAAGUCGAAGUGACAUUUAAUGAAUCAUUUUGUGAUAUUAGUGUUUGAUUCUAAAUGUCAGCUGUGUUGUAAAAGGAGAGAGAGUUUAGUUUCUUGAGCUGUUUUAGACAAACUUUUUCCAGUCAAGGAUCAUGUAUUAGCAGUGAGUUUUGCUUUGCUGUAGAACCUGUAUGUACUUUUGUGCAACUGUUGCAUAUUUCCUCAUGUUUAUAUUUUUAAGGGAUGCAUGGCAAUUAGACAUCACAAAGUACACAACGUGUUUAUAUUGUGGAAGAAUUUUUUUUUUUUAAUUGUUCUGUAGAUUGCAUGUAUGUUGGCAAAAAACAACAACUUUAUUUUAAAAAUGUUCAUUACCCAUAUGAUAAAAAAGCUAAACAUUCAUCAUCUCUUGAAGAUAUACAUUCUUCAUCUUAUAUAUUGAAUGAUAAAUACGUCUGUCACCUUUAAAUGGGUUUAAAGAUUUCAUUUUUGUUUGGUAUAAAUAUACCACAAAAGCCUUAAAAUAUAGAAAUGAAAAACUACUAUGCAAAUUUUCUGCAGGUACUUGUAAAGGUUGGAGACUCAAGCGCUGUUACAUAAUCUAUUCAGAAGACAACCUAUUAUGAAAUACACUGGAUAAGUGCUUUUUAAUCAGGAUAAAAUAAAAAGGCUGUUGUAUAUCGACUGUGGUAUAAAGACAAAACCUCCUGAUACAUAGUCUUUUGUGUUUUUGCUAACUUUUGUUUUUCUAAUUACAUGAAACAUGAAAGUCCAGUGUGCUUAUCAGAGUAAGUUUUUGUUGAAAUUACAAAAAUUAGAGACAUUCAGUUUAAAAGUUAUCAUAAAAGUCGGCAUUCUACCAUUUUAUGGAAAAACAAUAUGGUAAAAAAAAAUAUUCAUCAUACCCAGAUUCAAACUUAAAGCAACUUUUUUUAUGAAUAUUUUGAAUUAUCAGCUUCAAAAUCACUUUGAUAAGACACUAACUUUUAAAAAGAUGAAUGGCUUCAGUUUUUUCCCCAAUGGUUAUGAAACUCUGCAAAAUAUUUCUGCUUUACAAAAGCAACAGAUGUACGUACAUCUAUCCACUGUAAUCAAAACCAUGUAAUCAUGCCAUAUUUAUGACAAUUUUUUUUAUUAAUUUGGUCAAAUGAAAUAAUUAGCCUAUACUUUUAUUUGCAUUUUUCACAAACUGGGUAUAAAAAAAGGUCCUCAAACUCUAACCACAAGAAGUCGAACUAAGAGUGGAACUAUGCUGUUAAUAAGUCCAAGCUGGUUUGUUUUCAAAGCGUAAUUGAAAAACGGCAUCCUGUGUAAUUUGCCUCUACAUGUGGGAGGAACAGAAGCCAUCCACCUGUUAUAUUUGAAAGCAAUGGUGUAUGGAGUAUACCUUGUGCCAUAGUUGGGAUAAUGGAGUCUGGAAAUGGCUAUGGAAA